CCAGAGGACGCCUGGAGGGCGGGGUAGGAGGCGGGCCAGCGGCAGGCCAAUGGCGGUCGCAGCGCCUCACCUGGAGGUCCAAGUUGGGCCCAGGUGUGCCGGUGACUCCGCCCCGCGCCCGGCCCAGGUCCCUCCCCAGGCCGGACUCCGUGGGCGGAAAUUCCUGCGCGGGUGGGACCCGGCGGGAGCACAUCCCAGCCGGCGGUCUCGGCCAUGGAACCAGUGGCGACCUGGACCCCCGGGAAGGUGGCAGCUUGGCUGAGAGGCCUCGAUGACUCCCUGCAGGAUUACUGCUUUGAGGACUGGGAGCUGCCCGGGAAGUACCUGCUCCAGCUCUGUCCCCGCAGCCUUGAGGCCCUGACUGUGUGGCCUCUCGGCCACCAGGAGCUCAUCCUAGAAGGGGUGGAACAGCUCCGGGCCCUGAGCUCUGGGCUACAGACAGAGAACCUUCAGAGCCUGACAGAGGGGCUGCUCCAGAGGACUUAUGCUUUCCAGAGCUUAGUCCAGGGCCACCUGGAAGGCUGUGCCAAGCCCCCUGCUGAUGUCCUCAGUGCAGCCGUGGAGCUGGUGCAUGAGGCCCGUACCCUCCUUUUCUGGCUCAACAGGUACCUCUUCUCCCACUUAAAUGACUUCUCAGCCUGCCAGAAGAUUGGGGAGUUGUGCGGGGAGCUGGGCCAGGCCUUGCAGGAGGAGGAGAUCAACAUUCAGGUCACAGGGAGGGACCACUGGGAAGCCUACCCUGCCCUCGGGCAAAGGCAGUGCUCCUGCCUCAGGGAAGGCUGUUGCCCUCUCUGCUUCCAGGACAGUCCUGCGGCCGAGAGGGAGAGCAAAGUCCUGAGGAUUUGCAGCCACGUGGCGGGGAUCUGCCACCACAUCCUGCGCUGCAGCCCCCAGGAGCUGCUGGAGCAGAGGGCCCUGCUGGAGCGCGUGCAGCUGGACGACCCUUUGGGCCUGGAAAUCCACACCACCGGUAACUGCCUGCACUUCGUGUCCCGUGCGGGCCCCCAGGUCGCUGCUGACUCCCGGCUGCAGAUCCUGCCUGGAGACGAGAUUGUCCAGGUCAAUGAGCAGGUGGUGGUGGGCUGGCCCCAUAAGAACGUGCUGAGGGAGCUGCUGCGGGAGCCAGCCGGGGUCAGCUUGGUGCUGAAGAAGGUCCCCAUGCCAAAGACCCCUCCUCAGACCCCUCCUCAGACCCCGGGCUCCGCACCACUGUCGAGUCCCCUGCUGGCUUUCACCCCACUGUCUGCCAGGGCCCCAUCCGAAGACGUCUUUGCCUUUGACCUGACUUCAGACCCAAGUCCUGCACCCAGCCCUACCUGGACAGACUCUACCUCCCUUGACCUUGAGUCCCGGCCCGUUCACCCUGCACCUCUAGCCACACACCCAGCAGGGGCAGCAGAGACUCAGGAAGCCCCAGAACAGCCUGACACGAGUCCUGUUUCUGGUCGGAAGAAAUCAAAAGGCGUGGCGACACGGCUGAGUCGCCGGCGGGUGUCGUGCCGGGAGCUGGGCCAGCCCGACUGCGACGGCUGGCUUCUGCUGCGCAAGGUGCCGGGUGGCUUCAUGGGCCCUCGCUGGCGCCGCUGCUGGUUUGUGCUCAAGAGACACACGCUCUACUGGUACCGCCAGCCCCAGGAUGAGAAGGCUGAGGGCCUCAUCAAUGUUUCCAACUACAGUCUGGAAAGUGGACAGGAUCAGAAGAAAAAAUAUGUGUUCCAGCUCACGCAUGACGUGUACAAACCCUUCAUUUUUGCUGCUGAUACCCUGGAGGACCUGAGCAUGUGGGUACGCCAUCUCAUUACCUGCAUUUCCAAGUACCAGUCUCCAGGCCGGGCCUCCCUGCCCCGAGAGGAAGACUGCUACAGUGAGACAGAAGCAGAAGACCCUGACGAUGAGGCUGGGUCCCGCUCAGCCUCGCCCAGCCCAGCCCAAAUGUGGAGUCCGCUCCAUGGAGACACAUCACCUGCAGCCACCCCCACCCAGGGCAGCCCACGGACUUCCUUUGGCCCGCCAUCAGACAGCAGCGAAGGGGCGCUGGAGGGAAUGGUGCAGGGGCUGAGGCAGGGGGGCGUGUCCCUCCUGGGCCAGCUACAGCCCUUCACUCACGAACAGUGGCGGAGCUCUUUCAUGAGGCGCAACCGAGACCCCCAGCUCAAUGAGCGAGUGCACCGUGUGCGUGCGCUGCAGAGCACGCUCAAGGCAAAGCUGCAGGAGCUGCAGGCCUUGGAGGAAGUGCUCGGUGACCCGGAGCUGACAGGAGAGAAGUUCCGGCAGUGGAAGGAGCAGAACCAAGAGCUCUACUCAGAGGGCCUGGGAGGCUGGGGAGUGGUGCAGUCUGAGGGCCACUCCCAAGUCCCCAGCUCUGACUCCAGAGAACAGUCUUCCCACCCCCUAGCCUCUGACCCUGAGGAGCAGUCCCAUCUCUGCCCCCUGACCCCAGAGAGCAACCUCCGACCUCCUGACCUCUGACCCUGGUCCAUACCCUGGCUCCUGACCUCUGGCCUUGAGGACCACCUCAGCCCCCAAGUCCUGACAUGUCCAGGACAGAGCAUCCCCGGGUUCUGUUCAAGGUUGGAAGUAGUCCGUGUGUCACCCCUAGAGGCCCUCCUUUGCCCACGUGUCCACCAUUUCUGCUCCUCUCUCCCUUGGAGUGGGUCGAAGUGAAGUGCACUCCAUGCCAUCCUCUCUUUUGCCAAUGAAGAAGUGGCAAGCUGGGCUGAAAUUCUCUCCCGCUUCAUCCUCCCACCUGUGGGGCACAAACCUGUCCCCCUCCAUCUCUGGCCCUUCUCCCUUCCCCAAACCAGUCUUGUAUAGGUGCUCAUUUUACACAAACACUUUCAACAAAAUAAAAUCAGUUUAUUUAAAAUGAA